UGCAUGCACUCAAAAGCCUGAUUGGGCUUAUUAUCCAGGGAGAUCUUAUUUUGGGGGAAACAGGGUACAGCUCUUAUAUUUUGCUAGUUUCUUUACUAUUUCAUCUCGUGUUUCUUUCCAAAUCAAGUUUGCUAUCACUAUCACAUGUUUCCAUGAGAUACAUUCAUUGGAAGGAAAGAUUCACGUGACUUUGACAAAGGGUUUUAUUAACUGCAACUUCCAGGCAGAUCUGGACUCUCUGAUCUCAAGAGACUUCGAUUAACUCAUUGGCUGCCUAGAAUCAAUGGACAGACUUUGGAUUUUGUCACUGCUGACAUUUGCCUUGGCAGAGUCUACUAUUCAUCCAAGAGGACUAUUUAUUAACUUAGAAAAUGGAGAGCUGUGUCUUAAUAGUCUACAGUGCAAAAGCCACUGUUGUCACCGAACCACAGGCUUAAGUCUUGCUCGCUGUGCAAACAAGGCAGCUGAAAACCAAGAAUGCUCCCUAAAAAGUCUAUAUGGAGUUUACUACAAGUGCCCUUGUGAGGAAGGCUUAAUCUGUGAUGCUGAUCGGACCAUUGUGGGAAGUAUUGUCAAUUCUGACUUUGGCAUUUGCAAGGACCCAUCAAGUAAAAUCAGCAGUGACAAAAAAGAAAGAAAGAAGUAUGGUGGAUAGAUUUUUACCCCAGAUCCUUUAAGUAGCCAUAUAGCUGUUAUUCAUUGCAAAACAAAUUCCUAUGCUUUUAUGUACUGCUCCAAUAAGCAUACCCUUUGUUUAUCUAGAUUUCAGUUAAGUUCAAACAUUUUUCUGAUCCACUCUACUCAAAAUAAGGCCUUGCCAUACAUUUUUAGUAUGAUAUCAUCAAGCAGUAAUAUCU